AUGCGUGCAGACAGACGACAGCGGGCGGCGUGUGGGCCGUGUCUUCCACCCGUGUCGUUUGCAUCCCACAUCAUAUUAACGCAUUUUGGAAACUGCCAAAAUGAGUCACAAACACUCGCUGUUAUUGCUUCCACCCUUUUGUUGUGCGUGCACGAUGCCUGCGUGCGAUAUAUCAGCAGUGCUGAUAAGCCGCCCGCCGCCCACGGUCAGCCCAGGCAGAGACCCUCCGCGCGGAUGCCGGCGCCCGCGGCUUUUCGCGGGAACUCCAUUCCGGUCAUUCGCUUGCUUAUCGGAUGGCAAGUAUCAGUGCGGCUGUCGCAAUGGAAGACCUUCUAUUCUGCCUUUAGCUGGGAGAAGAUUCCUAUGUGUACAAAGACUGAAGGAGCGAUUGACCCUACAGAACCGGUCAAGAAAGAUGAGUCCGUCCAGGCGACGGCAGAUAAGAGAAGGAAGGCUGGCAUCUUGCCCAGCUUGGAAGACUUGCUGUUUUACAGUAUUGCUGAAGGCCAGGAGAAUACCGGUCACAAAUUCAUUACCGCACUGAAGGCCACUGGACUUCGAACGGGAGAUCCACGGCUGAAAGAAUGUAUGGACAUGUUGAAAGUCACCUCAACCACAUCAGAUGGCGUGAUGCUGGACCGACACCUGUUCAAAAAGUGUGUCCAAAGCAACAUUGUUCUCCUAACGCAGGCCUUCCGGAAGAAGUUUGUCAUCCCUGAUUUCCCCUUUGCAUCCCACAUUGAUACACUUUAUGAGAAGGCCAGAAAUCUCUCCGGCUCACAGGUUGCUGACUACAUUCCCCAACUUGCCAAAUUCAGCCCAGAUUUGUGGGGCGCUUCCCUUUGCACAGUCGAUGGACAAAGGUACACAGUGGGUGACACUAAAGUGCCAUUUUGCCUGCAGUCGAGCGUGAAGCCACUCAGUAAUGCUAUUGCUGCAUAUGACCACGGCACUGAAUAUGUGCACCGAUUCAUUGGGAAAGAGCCCAGCGGCUUACGCUUCAACAAGCUCUUCCUGAACGAGGAAGACAAACCCCAUAAUCCAAUGGUGAACGCUGGUGCAAUCGUGUGCACCUCUUUUAUCAAGCAAGGGGCAAGCAAUGCUGAGAAGUUUGAUUAUAUGAUGAACUUCUUGAAGAAGAUGGCAGGAAAUGAAUAUGUUGGUUUCAGCAAUGCCACAUUUCAGUCAGAGCGUGAGUCAGGAGACAGGAAUUUCGCUAUUGGCUAUUACCUGAAAGAAAAGAAGUGCUUUCCAGAUGGUACAGACAUGACUGCUGUUCUGGACCUCUACUUUCAGCUGUGCUCCAUCGAGGUAACUUGUGAGAGCGCUAAGCGUCAUGGCUCAUUGGCCAACGGCGGCUUCUGUCCAAUCACAGGCGGCGUGCUGAGCCCAGAGUCCGUCGCGAAACACCUCAGCCUCAUGCACUCCUGUGGCAUGUAUGACUUCUCCGAGUUUGCUUUCCAUGUGGGUCUUCCAGCCAAGUCAGGUGUGGCUGGAGGUAUUCUGCUGGUUGUGCCCAAUGUAAUGGGCAUCAUGUGCUGGUCUCCUCCAUUGGACAAACUUGGCAACAGUGCGGGCAUCCAGUUCUGCACGGAUCUGGUGUCCUUGUUCAACUUCCACAACUAUGACAACCUGAGGCACUUCGCCAAGAAGCUCGAUCCUCGCAGAGAGGGAGGGGACCAGCGGGUGAAAUCAGUCAUCAACCUCCUCUUUGCUGCCUACACAGGAGAUGUUUCUGCUCUCAGAAGGUUUGCGCUGUCCUCCAUGGACAUGGAGCAGAGGGACUAUGACUCCAGGACGGCGCUGCAUGUAGCAGCCGCUGAGGGACAUAUUGAGGUUGUGCGUUUUCUGUUAGAGGCCUGCAAGGUGAACCCUGGUCCUAAGGACAGGUGGGGCAACACACCUAUAGAUGAGGCGACACACUUCGGUCAUCACGAGGUGCUCGCGCUUCUGCAGGAGUACAACGAUAAAUACAACCCACCGGCGAACACCGGCGCGGGUAAAGAGAGCACCGAGAAAAAUCUGGACGGGAUGCUGGAGACGUAAACAUUUCCUGCCAGCACGAAAAGACACUCUUCUGGAUCUCAAUAUCAGUGUGUUUUUUUUUUUGGUGUUUUUUCGUAGUUCCUGUAGUUUUACAUGCUUUUGUGAAACAUUUUUGCCUUGAUCACAACUUCUUCCUUUGCGAGAAAGGGUGUAAGUCGUGGUGGCCACGUUUAAUGGAGUAUGUUCAACCCUGUCGUGCCAGUGCAAAGUUGACUCGGGUGUGAUGAAUGAUGACUGCAUGUCAUUGCUGUCCCGAGGGUAAACGGUAAACCCGAGUAUAGAAUGAUACCAAACAAUCUUGUUUAAGAAAUCAGGAGCCAUGCAAAACAGGACACGUUCUUUGAAUAGAAAUUGUCACGGUUACGCAAACACUUAAGAAACUUUAAAAGCUGCUGGCCGACAUAUCUUCUUUCUUUAUGCUGAAAAAAGUAGCAAUACGAAAAUCGAGAAAGGAGGUUAUUAAAGUUCCAUUAACGAACAAUUGGUCGCAUUUUUUUUUUUUUUACACGUGUAGGCCUAUUGCUUUUUUAUUUUAUACCUCGUUAUUUGAUCAUUUGAACCACUGCCAAAUGCAUCGUUAUUUGUGUUAGUCUUUACCGUAUUAUCAGGUCAGUGCACUCAUAUUUGAAAUAUUUACGGCAUUUUGAGAAUAUUGUAAUCUGAGAACAAAAGUGAUCAAAAAUAAAAACUUUACUGCUGAUGUGAAGUCAUAACAAAUGUAAAUUGGCUUAUUCGUUAUUGGGUAAAAUGUAAACCCUCCAUUAUUUAUAGGUUAUUCAGUAUUCAUGAAUGAAAGAUACUGCGUUUGUGCAAAGCAUCUGUGCAUUUACGUAUAUUUUAUGAAGUGUUAAAUAACUGUAAAUGUAGUUUGUAUUGUGAGACAAUUGCUUUAGCGGUAGAAAGACGAUGUCAGCUUCUUCAUAUGGACCAAACACUUGAAGAAAGAUUACAUUUGUGUCAAAGUAUAUGAAUGUAUACUACACUUCAUUAUUCAUUGAAGCAUAUAAUUCUUUCUGAUUUCUAUUCGACCGCAUCUGGCUGACUUAAGUCGGUGUGUGUACAUGUGCAAUUAAAGCAAUUUAUGUGCAAUAAUAAAUAAAAUUGUGUUAGUAUUUAAA